AUGGUCCUGCUCACCUGUGUGACUCUGUGCAUGUACAAACCGCAUGAAGAACUCAGCAUCUACCUGAAGGUUUUUGAGGUGGUUAUAUUUGCACUGUUCUUGUUGGAAAUGGUCAUCAAGAUGGUGGCCAUAGGGAUCCCUGGCUAUCUGUGCAGCAAUUGGAACAAGUUUGAUUGCUUCAUCAAUUGUGGAGAAGUGAUGGAUUUUGUUCUGGCCCACUACGGCUACCGAUGGCAAUUUUUUCAAGCUCUCAGGCCGAUGCGACUGUUUGGUAGGAUACAGAGUAUGCAAAUUUUGGUGACAGUACUCGUGGACACCCUGCCAAUGCUGGGAAAUGUUCUCUUCCUCAAUAUGCUGGUCAUCCACAUCUUUGCAGUUGUGGGAGUCCAGCUUUGGGGCGGGCAGUUGCGAAACCGCUGCUUCCUGGGAGAGGACAUUCCUACAGAGUACAAUGUAUCCCUGAGUCCAUACUACCUCUCCAAGCUUGGUGAAAUGUACCCCUUCAUCUGUUCGCCUGACAACAAAGGCGGGAUGCAACGCUGUAGUGAUAUCCCAGCUUACAAAGAGGAUGGAGAGACCUGCUCCUUGGCUGCUCCCCUCCAUCGUUCAGCAGUAAAUGCAGGCAACUGUGUCAACUGGAACCAGUACUACAACGUCUGUCGGCCCGGGGCGGACAACCCGUACAUGGGAGCCAUCAGUUUUGACAACAUUUGCUUCUCCUGGAUAGCCAUAUUCCAGGUUGUUACACUGGAAGGAUGGGCAGAGAUCAUGUUUUUUGUAAUGGAUGCCCACUCCUUCUGGAAUUGUCUGUUGUUCAUAUUUGUCACCAUUAUGGGCUCUUUCAUUAUGAUGAAUGUGUGCGCAGUCGUCAUCGCCACCAAGUUCUCUGAGAACAUGGAGAGGAAGACCGAAGAGCCACACGCUGGCACUGUUACCAUAACACAGAUAUUUGAAGAGUUGAAGUGUUUGGUGGAGAGGACCUUCUCCAAAAUCAACAGGGUGGGCCCUGAUAGCAGCGACAGAAAGACAAACACCUUGGAUGAGGUCUGGACACCCUGCUUGAAAAUCCUGAAGAGGACUGUUGCAAGUAUACUGUUCGACCGACUGAUCAUGUUUGCUGUGGUGCUCAGUAUCCUCGCCUUGGCUAUAGAGCACCAUGAGGAGCCUAAGAAGUUAACACAUAUGUUAGGCAUCAGUAACAUCAUCUUCACCACCAUUUUUCUUGUGGAGAUGAUCAUAAAGCUGCUGGCUCUCAAGUUUGAGUACUUCAAGGAUCGAAACAACGUCUUUGACUUUUCCCUUGUCAUCAUCAGUUUGUGGGAGGUCAUUGGUAAAGCUCAAGGCAAGCUAUCAGUUCUUCGGUCUUUGCGUCUGCUGCGGUUUGUCAGGCUCCUUCACUUCCUGCCUUACCUGAAGAGACAGCUGCUAGUGCUGAAGAAGACGAUUGAAAGGGCAGCAGGGCUCUGCAUUCUUCUGCUGUUUUUCAUCUUCAUGUUUAGUAUACUGGGUAUGCUCCUGUUUGGUGGUAAAUUUAAGUUCAUGACAAAGCAUGGAGAAAUCAUCACCGACAGGAAAAACUUUGAUGACCUUUAUUGGUCCAUGGUUACCGUGUUUCAGAUUUUGACUCAGGAGGACUGGAAUCUGGUGCUCUACAAUGCCAUGGCGACUACAUCCACAUGGGCCACACUCUACUUUGUUGCACUCAUUAUGACGGGAAAGCACGUUCUGCUUAAUGUCCUUGUGGGCAUCGUGGUUCAGAGCUUCCAGGAAAUGUGCAAUCCAAGCAGCGAAUCCCCCGAGAAUGACUCCCCACAGACAGAUUACGAUGAAGAAAGUGGCUCGACAAGCUCCGGCUCUGGCUCUGGGCCCAGUAAACUCACUGGGAUUACCCCUGCCCCUGGAGAAGACUUUCUCACAAAGGACAAUAGAUAUCCAACCUUGAUCCAGAAAGUCCUCUGUUGGUGCAAAGAGCAUGAGGACUGGUCAUUCUAUGUGUUUUCUUCAAAGAACAGGUUCCGUAAGAUUUUCCAGCGUGUUAUCUCUCACAGCUUGUUUGACCACGUGAUCCUGAUCUUCAUUCUUCUAAGCUGUGUCACCAUUGCUAUGGAUAGGCCUGGAAUAGACCCUAAAAGCACGGAGCGAUUGAUCCUCAAUGUGUCCCUCUACGUCUUCUCUGGUGUGUUCCUGGUUGAGAUGCUUUUCAAGGUUCUGGCUCUGGGUGUGUUCUUUGGGAAGGACUGCUACUGUCGGUCUACGUGGAACAUCAUGGAUGGUUUGUUGGUGAUUUUGUCUUAUGUCGACAUCUUUGUGUCUCUGGCCAACACGGGGAACACCCACAUGUUUAGCAUCCUCAAGGUUUUCCGCUUGCUCCGCACACUUCGUCCACUGAGGGUGAUCAAGCGAGCUCCCAAACUAAAGCUGGCUGUGGAAGCUCUGAUCGCCUCGGUUAAACCCAUCGGGAACAUCGUUCUCAUUUGCUGUGCCUCCUUCUUUUUCUUCGGUAUCCUCGGAGUGCAGUUGUUCAAAGGGAAGUUCUUCUCCUGCUGGGGUGAGGACAUAAGAAACAUCACCACUAAGAGUGAAUGUCUGGAGGCCGGCUAUUACUGGACACGAAAGAGGUUUAACUUUGACAACUUGCCUCAGGCUCUGAUGUCCUUGUUUGUCAUGUACUCUAAGGACGGCUGGGUGAACAUCAUGUAUGAUGGACUGGAUGCUGUGGGAGUAAACCAACAGCCUGUGAGGAACAGUAACGAAUGGAUGCUUCUGUUUUUCAUCGCCUUCAUGAUCAUGAGCUUCUUCCUCCUUGACAUGUUUAUCGGUGUGAUGGUCGAGACUUUCCACCACUGUCAGCAGAAGCAAAGAAAUGAGUUGUUGAAACAGGGAGCAGUAGAAGACCGAUGCAUGGAACCUGAGAAGAUUCCAUAUUACAGCAACUACUGUAAACUGCGUCGGUCCAUCCACACUCUGUGUACCAGCCGCAUCCUGGACCUGUUUGUGACCUUCAUCAUAUUCUUAUGUGUCAUGGUGAUGGGUGUCGAACACUAUAAUCAACCUUGGUACAUAAGUGCAUUCUCAGAGUACUCCUUCUAUGUGUUCACCACCAUCUUUAUCGCCGAGGUCCUGCUGAAGCUCGUUGCAUUUGGUGCUCUGAGGUUCAUGAAAGACAAAUGGAAUCUGAUAGAUGUCGGGAUAGUCUUUAUUUCCAUCAUAAGCAUCCUUUUCAACCAGAUGAAAAUGUCAACAAAUUUUCCAAUCAAUCCCAACAUCUUGAGGAUCUGCAGGGUGCUCAGACUGGCGCAAGUGCUGAAGGCAAAAAAGAUAAGAGUUCUGCUGAAAACAAUCAUGAAGACUCUGUCACAGGUUGGAAACAUCUGUCUGCUCUUCAGCUUUUUUUUUUUCAUCUAUGCUGCACUAGGAGUGGAGCUGUUUGGACAGCUGAAAUGCAGCGACGAUUUUCCGUGCCUGGGUCUGAACGAACACACCAACUUUAAGAAUUUCGGCAGAGCCCUCCUCACACUCUACCAGGUGUGCACAGGCGACAAUUGGAGCGGGUUCCUCAAGGACACGUUGAGGGAAUGUCCUGUCGAUGUCAAUGCCUGUCCAAGCUACCUGUCGUGGGUCGCCCCGGUAUACUUCAUCAGCUUCGUCAUCAUGGCCCAGUUCGUGCUGGUUAACCUGGUGGUGGCGUCCAUUAUGAUGGCACUGGAGGAAAGCAACCAGAGAAAUCCUAUUAACUUCUGUCUCCCCCUGGAGGAGGAAAAUAACCAGGACACCGAGCUGGAGUUGACUUCUACAGGGGAGAGGGGUACAACAGGUCCAGCCGCGCCAUCGCAGACGAGUCCGGCAAGAGAUGAACAGUUAGAGGAGCUACGUGAAUAUAAAGUCUCGUUAGUUUGAAGAAGAGCAUUACACAGUACAGUGAAAGAGACUGACACUCAAAGAGGCAGUGGCAAUCUGCAGCUCAGUUGCAGCUCAGCAACAACCUGGACCUAAAACUUGUGAAGCCCAGUUUGUGCUUUUCAGUGCUUUCUUUUUAUUUUGUCCCUAUUGACCCGCUGUCUUUCAGUGUCUCAAGUUUCAAAACCAGUCUUGUUCAGGAGGCUGGUCCAGUGUUCAGACCUUAAAAUCAUUUUCCUUUGAUUCUCUCAAUUUGUUGAAUUUCUGUCCAAGUAUGACUUGUGUUUUCUGCCGUGC